AUGGAAGAUCCAUGGGCUAAUGCAUGGAACACAGCUGCUGACGACGAGCAAGAUAUCUCAGUACCCUCAUGGGACACUACACCAGCCUGGUCUGACAGCUCUCUCUGGGCCACUGCGACCGAUAAAUCAGCCUGGCAAUCAACUUACGAUGAUAUUCCACUCACGAGAUCGGACAGUCCCAAUAUACCAGAGCCAUUAGCUGAGGAGACAAUUACCAGCGCCCAGCUAGAGCAAGAGCCUCAACCAGCUCAAUCACAUCCUUCUAGCCCGGAUGCAUUCGGAACAUUUGAGACCGGUUUGUCAGAACAUACCUCUACAGUAUCGGCUGUAUGGGCCCCGGCUGACUCCGAAACUGCUUGGGGUGGUACAUGGGGGGCGACUGAAGAGAUUGAAGACGAGCUGCCAACGGAUGAGUGGGAAGCAGCCAAACAACGGAAGGAAAAGCAAGAUCAACAUGUGCCCCCAGAACUGCUCGCCUCAAUUCUUAGCCAAGUAGCGGUGCUUUAUCCUGCACCAGAAGCAACGCAUCUGGAUCCCAAUGACUAUCGUACUGGCCGCAAGAAUGGGCUGGAUUUGAUCAUAAAUACGACUCUUGUCUCCCCGGGUCUUACCCUAGUACCCAUCCCUCCAUUUUCCAAGUCAGCCAUUGCCAAAGGCACAACGGAUGCCCUUCGACUUUCUCGCAAUGCUACAUUCAUUCGGCACAGUCCCCUGGGUCAUUAUAGUGCAACCAAAGGGUCCACAGCAUGGGAAGCCUCUGUUAAAAACCGACCAGAGGUUUUGGGUGAACCGGAUCUAUUGCCACCUGGGUGGCGCAUUGUCGAUUCCAAGUUGAAGGUCGAGACCGUUGUAGUGGACAAGAAAAAACACGGAGGGUUGCUUUCAUUCUUCGGUCGUCGUUCUGGCACCCCGCCCAUCAUUCCGAAUGGAGAUUUUGUCUCUCAGCGUUCUGCUUCACCCGUAUCCGUCUCUUCUCCUCGCGCCAGUUCAGAGAGCAGCAUGAAAUCGCCCACCAAUGCUUCAAUGACCGCCGCGAGUCCAACAACUUCUCCCAACCAGGAAAUAGAAACCAAAAAUGACCAAGACUUGACACCAGCAUCGUCGACUAUCUCACGUUUCCUGGGACGUUUUGGUCGUAAGAAUGGAUCUACAGGAUCAAAAGACCUCUCUUUGUCCGUAGACGACGUCGACUUCUUGGCCGAUAUUGAUGGUGCUGGCCCGCUGGCUUCUGGAUUCGCUCCCAUCGCUGAUUUUUCUAUAUCAACCGACUUACUGGACGACCCAAUACCAUUACCAGCUAAAUUAGCCCCACCCCCGCCCCCCGUUAUUGCGACACUUGACAUUGUUUCCAAUCAACCGAAACUCGUGAUCAGGCCAAACCUCGACGGCUUGCAAUCAUCUAGUACUGUCCACCCAUUGGACCCACCAUCAGUUGACUUCAUAGCGCCAGCUGUGAGAUCUGUCUUGCCCGCGGACGAGAUCGACUUUUCAGCCUGGCACUUUGAUGACGAAAUGUCGGAUGUCUCGACGACGCCUGCCCUGUUGUCACAGACGAAUAGGCAACCGUUGAACACUCGAGCUGUUACAGCCAACCAUGCCCCCUUGAGGAAAGCACCCACUGCAAUCAUGUCUUCAGGCUCUACAAAAUCCCCAGUAUCCAUUCCCAAGUUGCAUUCCUUUUUUCCACCUCCACCUGGUUCUAGCUUAUCUCCACCAAUGGAGAAAGCAAGAACACUGUCCAAUUUGCUUGACGACGACUUCUCCGGAUUCAGUGACCGCCAAACGGACUUGUCGUCUUCAACUUCUUCUCAGCGCACAUUACUAGGAUCUUCUGCUGGAGAUGGCAAUCUUGAUGCUUUUGACGACUUUAAUGAAUUCAUGGAGGCAUCCCCGAGCGAGCCAACUACUUUGCGGACACCCUCACCCCCGAGACCCCCGGCUAAACCGCCUCGUUCUUUGCCCGCGCCGCUCAGCCUCGUGGAUCCCGAUGACACACCGCUAGCUUUGAUGCAGGCUCACCAACGAACAAAAAGUCUUGUAGAUAGUGCUGCUGCGUCUUCCGGUAUUCGUUGGCCAGCCCCCGCUUCGCCCGUGCCAGAACUAUUGCCUCCCCCCGAUACAACUUCACCAUCGACAAUGCAAAGUCAGCAGGCUGCGUUUCUCAAUCGCACGAUGGAUAAAAAGCUCACCCCGUUGCCCGUUCGCAUGACAUCCCAGCCAGUCUUGCCGUUUCAGCCCCCACUGCUAUCUACUGCAUCAAGCAAGUCGACUGGUGGUCUUUCGGCUCAAGAUUUAUCCUUUUUCGAAGGGUUAUAA